AUGUAUCGGCAGCGUAGAGAACUCAUACAGUCGCUCGACCUCCUCGUCUUUGCCCUCUUGGUCUACGUGUGGUUCAUCGACGGCAGCACCCUCUGGUUCCUCGUAAAGUCGGCCCUGCAGGUGCAGUUCUGCAACCCGAUACAGAUGCACCCAACAUGGUCCCUCCCGUUCUUCACCGUGUUCCUCUCGUGCUUCAAUCUCCUCAUCGUCACCGUCCACGUCCUCGGCGGCCCAAUUGGUGCAGGAAAGUCACGCACCAUCAUCAUCGACUUUGUCGGCCAAGAUCACCAGACCGGCAAGCUGCACAUGGUCCUGAUCGACCUCUUUGUCGCCUUCGUCCAGACCGUCCUCCUCGUCGUCGCAUUCGAGCACGGCAUCGAUGAGCUCAGAUCCGAGGGCGAAAAGAGCUGCCUCGACGAAGACCAAGAGGUCGACGCACUCGACGCUGGCGAGGCCGACCGAGUCGAGCGUGGUCAGGGCUGGGAUGCAGACGACGAAGAGGCCUCGCUCUUUGCAUCACACCGUAUCCAGGAGCGUGCCGACGAAGCGACACGCAGUGCGCCAUGGACGACCGACCAUUCGUCUCUCUCGCAGCCCAUCGCCGUGGUCCGGCUACAGCCGCUCGCCGAGAGAAUCUGGACCGGGGAUCUGGGCCAGCGCAAGCCGGGCGACGGAACAGGCGAAGGCGCAGAGGGCGUCAGCGGUCCACGACCGAACCCAGACGCCGUCGCGGCUGCCGCCUCCCGAGGAUCCGACGGCGCAUCAUCAACGGCCGCAGCAGCAAACAGCGGAUAG